AUGAAUGUGGUCGAAGAAAUCAAUAAAAGGGCGGAUAAAGAUGGUCAACAACCCUUGUUGUCAGACGUUUUAGGUACACCGCCUACAACUUUAGUCGGACAAACCCAUGCUGUGACGGAUUCUGAGUCGUAUAAAGCACGUAUUGAUGCUGUUCAUUUUGCUUUGGAUAACGAUGAUGGAGCACGUACCCGCCAUUAUGACAAAGCAGAUUUAAUCCUGAUCGGCGUAUCGCGUUCUGUUUGGUAUUCGAGUUGCAAACUACCCAUUAACCGAAGAAGAUUUAGACGAUAA